AUGAGGGAGUUAAAUACUAAGUUGUCAUACGAUUCUCAUUUAAUCAACAAUGAUGAUAAGUUUUGUGACCGUCAUGCAAAGACCCACUUCAAAUGGCCCUUAAUUCGUCAUAAAUCUGAAGAUAUUAGUACUUCAGGUUCUUUCAUUCAACCUGGGUACAAAUUCAGUUAUGAAACGGACUGUGAUGUUAAACAAAUCGAAUUUACAAAGCCAUCAGAUUUAAUCGCUCUCAAUGGUCUAGAUGGUCAGACACAAACAUUCAAUUUUAGUACAGCUUUUAAUUUUUCCCAAACCAAGUCUGUCGAUCAGGAUGCUAGUAAUAACUACAAAACAAUUUUUACCUACUCCGAUCCUGUUACAAAUGUUCAAAUUAAAAUAUUUUUCCUAUGGUUAUCAAUGAAAAAAUCCAUUAUGAGAGCUAUUCAAAAAGCUAUUUUAUAA